UGUCUAUGCUGUUGCCAGGCAACAGAGUACAUACUUUCCCACAAUCCCCCUUGCUUGUGGAGUAGAGAACAACUGCCAUGAUCUUCAGGAGACUGCAGUUAAAAUGAGCCUGGGAGACCAAGGGCGGCAGAUCAAAAUGUCAGAACAAAGGCAGCGUUCUUUGUCCACAUCUGGAGAAGCCUUAUAUCAGAUUCUUGGCUUGGAGAAAGGGGCAAAUCAUGAUGAAAUCAAGAAAUCUUAUAGAAAACUAGCUCUCAGACAUCAUCCUGACAAAAAUCCAGACGAUCCCCAAGCAGCUGAAAUAUUCAAGGAGAUCAACAAUGCUCAUUCAAUACUAUCUGACGUAUCUAAGAGGAAUAUUUACGACAAGUAUGGAUCCCUCGGAUUGUACGUUGCAGAGCAGUUUGGAGAAGAAAAUGUUAACACAUAUUUCAUGCUGUCUAGUUGGUGGGCAAAGGGGUUGUUUGCUAUAUGUGGACUUCUGACUGGAUGUUACUUUUGCUGCUGUCUCUGUUGUUGCUGCAAUUGUUGCUUUGGAAAAUGUAAACCAAAAUCAUCAACCGGAGAAGAAUAUGAGUGCUAUGUGUCACCUGAGGACCUGGAAGAACAGAUCAAAACAGACAUGGAAUCAGAUGGUCAUACCCCCAUAGUAAUGCAACCAACAAAUGCAAAUGAGAAAACCCAGCUGAUCGGAGACAGUCGUCGUUCUUACACGGAUUCCUGAACAGUGAAAACAGGACCACAGUUAUACCACCACUAUUUAUAUAUCAAUAAAGUUCUAUACAGACAAUUAUAUAGUUCUAGCUGCA